AACACUUUGAAAUUACCUCUCUUCUUCACGUCAGCUUCACCAAUCUUUCUGCCUUUCGUUCGAUCAACCACAGUCCGUGAUUAUAUCCUGGCGCGCGCCAACGACUCCAUAGUCGUGACGUCCCGUCAUCACUAGCCAUGGAUUCUUCAAACGCGCCCCCCACAAUCGAUUCAGUCAAAGAAACGAGUAUAUCCCCGCCCACGCCCGCUCACCCAACCCCUCACCGAUCAAGCUCCUCCUCGAGCAUCCACAAGAUUGGCAGUCAUGGCCACAUCUCAACCCAUCGCCAGAGCUUUGCCGAAAAUCUGCGAGGCGUACCACCUUCUCCACGGGCACGCCACCCCUCCUUGACCCAAGCUGCGAUUCAGGAUCUGCUGAACCAUCCGCCAUCGUCGAGAUCUCAGAACCCUCGCUUCGCUGGCCGGGACUGGCGCGAUGUUUCUAUGGGCGAGCUCGUGUCCAAGGACGAUGUAAAAUGGGUGGACAGGGAUACCAGCGUGGAGGAGGCUACUAUGGUGCUACUCAAAAAUACCCUCAGUAAUGUGGUUCUCAUUCGUGAGAAUGCGACGUCAACCACCGCCAUUUCCACAUUCGACCAUAACGAUUUGAAUGCGUAUUUAUUGGUUGUGGUUGGCCUAGCUCAUCCGAGCGACGAGCUGGUCGCACUGUACGACGAGCUGUCGAAUAAGGCACAGACCGGGGAGAAGAUACCAGUUCGAGAUAUACAACCACUCUGUCGAAAGGAGUCACUAGUGUGUUUACCCAUAAGCGAGGAGUUGCCCAAGGCAAUCGAGGUUUUUGGCAGUGGGAUUCAUCGCGUGCUUAUUACCAACUCCGCUGGGGAGGUUAUUGGCAUUCUAAGCCAACUGAAACUCGUUGAAUUCUUCUGGAACGAGGGUAUCAACUUUCGUGUCAUCGACGAACUCUACCCCCGGCUUCUGCGCGAUCUGGGUGUAGGAUCUCGCCAAAUUGUUGCUGUCAGCGCGGAUAGCCCGCUCGCCGACGCUUUGAGCCUGAUGAGCAAUGAGGGUCUCACCAGCGUGGCCGUACUCGACAACAACUCCAACGUAGUUGGCAACAUCUCGACGGUAGAUGUCAGACUUCUCACAAAUGCAACGAGCUUGCCACUGCUGCAGAACACGUGUAUGCACUUCGUGUCGGUCAUCUUGAACGAACGCGGCAUAGACAAGGGCAAGGAUUCCUUCCCCGUAUUCUACGUGAACCCGUACUCGACUCUCGCCCACACCGUUGCCAAACUGGUCGCUACCAAGUCACACCGGAUGUGGGUCGUUGAGUCGGCCUCUCCCUCUCCCUCUGCGCCGGCCACCCCUCUCUUAGGACCGCAAGUGUUUAUUGGCAACUCAACUUCGAGUUCACAAUCGUCACUCACUACGCAAACUCACUUUCCUUCAGUUCCGGCAUCAUCAUUUUCAGGAGCACAACUUUCGGGUCGGUUGACCGGUGUGGUGACAUUGACGGACAUUCUCAACCUGUUUGCGAAGACUUCGGGCCUCCACCCUACGGAUCCCAGUGAACAGCGCGCCCGCAGACGAAGAAGCUCUAGUAGUUCCAUUCGCCCGUCUUUGGACGCUUCUCGCUCUAGUUUCGACCUGCGCCGAUCAUGAAGUUGGAGUUAUGGUAAUGGCACGUAUAAGUUAAAGAAGACGAGUUCGGUGUCAAAUUCGAGGUUCGCUGCCUGCAGACUCAACAAAUAAAACAGUGGAGACUUUUUACCAGGACGCAGGUGGGCCACCCCAAGGCAAGAGGAAACUUGGGACUUUGACGACCUCCUCACGAUGGA